AACAAUUCUCACAAACUGUACGGUCUUGCUCUUCGUCAUCGAUAGUGUCAUUUCGCGCGGUGCUUCUGAUACUCUUCCACAAACAUAACUAGAGAAUGGUCGUCUUAUCUAGUCUGCAACACUUUCCGUCCUUUGCGGAUGUUCGCUCUGGCCUCACGCAUAAGACACGUCAAUGCAUCUGGUACCUACCCGGGAAACAGCGGUAUUGUAUGGUGCGCACGGAGGCAUCAAAAAUAGACUUAAUUCUUGAGCUCACGAGCCAGCUGGACGAUCGAAAAUCGUGCACGUUGAGGAUACUUUCGGAAAUUGCAGAACUCAGUUGUUGUGCUCUUCAUCAUCGCAACAGGAUCUGGGCCACUGGCCUAGCAAAGAGCUUGGCGCAUCAAUGGCAGCAGGGAUUGCAGAGUGACCUAUCUGAGACAGCAUUCGAGAGCGCAGGUGCAGUCAAAGUAGAGUGUGAGCACUCUCCCCGCUGCGAUACGGCCGAAGGCAACGAAGAAACCGAGAAAAAGUUGGAGCUGGUCGCCUUCUCACCACACAUACCAUUUGAAGGAGACACGCUGCGAUCUACCUUGCUCUCACAGAUCGAAUCUACGGCAAGCAAGAUAGGGUCUGUGUACGCCUUCACUUAUUUGGACAGUGCUUUCGAUGGGAUGAUCAAGAUCGGAUAUACGAGUAGAUCAAUCGAUCUUCGUAUGGACGAAUGGGCGGAUUGUGGUCAUGGACCACCACAUCUCCUAAAGUCCUUUAGCAACGUACGCUAUCCGGAAAGAGUGGAGUUUCUGACUCAUUUACAGCUGGUUAAGGACUGGCAUGCGAUGCGAUGGUGCAAAUAUCAUGAACGGUCUCACAUCGAAUGGUUUAAGACUAGUGUCAGUGCGGUGUCUCAAGUUGUCCAGGCCUGGAUAUCAUGGAUAGAGCGUGCGAAUCCGUAUGACAGGCGUGGUAAUCUCAAGCCUUUCUGGCGAGGUAUUAUCGACUUCCUCUCCGAGUAUGAGAUUACGAUCACGGCAGAGCUGAUGGUGCAGAUACAAGAGAUCGAGGAUGGAACCGUUAGUGUUGCUAGCUUCAUUGAUGAUGAGUUACUGCGUAAAGAACGUUUGGAUUUGGAACGUGUCUGUGUAAAGCAAGAGGAAAAUUGAAUGGCUGACCAAACAUUGU